AUGCAACGUGGCGGUGCCACCAUCGGAGAGCAGAAGCUCAAUACAAAGGAAUAUGAUUUUAUAGGAGUACAUUUCAAUCAUAAAGAUCACACGGUCUCUUUAAGCGACAAAACAAUAAAGAGGUUGCAACGGGCACCUUCUCUCGAUAAUACGACGGUUGAAGAAUUGGAGAGUACGGUUUCGCGUAUGAUGUACGCGGGAGGGGUAAGAGGUGAAUCCCUUUUCCCUUAUUAUUUCUUUCUAAAAAUCGUACGCCGACGUUUGUCACGUUUAAAUCGAGGCUUAAUAAGGCCACAAGACCCGGCAAAUUUAUCGGCUACUGCAAAAAACAUCGGGCACAGUUGGCCCGACACAUUGUUAACAAAUGGGCCGGUUCAUCCUCCUCAGCAGUUGCCAUCCACGGCAACACUGGUAACAGACGCCCCCACGUACGGAUGGGGGGCGUUAUUAUUCAAGGAUUCAGGAGAAGUUUUGGCGGCAGGGGGUGCGUGGGAGCAUUCGCCGCCCACACGAUUCUCCAAGCAGAGGCGCCUGCCGUUCAUCUGGCAUUACGAGGGUUUAACGUGCACUUGGCCGGAUGAGGGGUGGCGCCAAUGGGGUGUCUUCAGCCGAAUUGCUUUUGCGUUGGUUUCCCACGGGCGUGGCUCUUGGGAACAGGAGUGGCAGAGGGGAAUUGUUUUCUGUUAA